AUGAAGCUCGGUGUUCUAUUCACACUUGCUUCCGCCAGCUCAACGGCGGAAAGCAGCGCUCAUGCGGCUCUACAGAGUGCCUCUCCUGGCGCCUUAAAGUUACAGUCCGCCUAUGAGAAGAUACAAGCAAUGUUGGCUGAAAUAAACGACGAGAUUCCACGAAUGAAAUCUUCAAGUGAGCAACCCCAAGUUGCUGGACGGUACUUAGCGAGUGGUCGAUCGUCUGCCCAAUCUGCCCACUCUGCUUUUAAUGAAGCUUCAGAAAAAGCAGCUAGCAUUCAAGCAAAGUGGGAAAAGAAGAAGGCAAUGGACAGACUGAAAGGUGUCAUGAUGAUGGCGAAAAGCACAUCGUCAGAAGAUGACUUCUGCCCAACGAAAAUGACCGCUGCGGAUUGUCCGGCUGUUUCUGACCAGCGAUACCCCUCUUACGACGGAUCGUGCAACAACAGAAUCGACCCCACUCGCGGUCAAUCACAUCAACCCCUGAAACGCCUUCUCAACGCCAAUUACGACGACGAGCAGGAAACAAUCAGGAAAAGCGUUGAGGGCGGUGACCUUCCACCAGCUAGAGUUGUUUCCAACAAGAUUCAGAACUCACAAGCAGCCAAAAGUGUGGAACUGACGCACAUGUUCACACAAUGGGGACAGUUCAUUAUUCAUGACAUAGUUCAUACUCCAGUUGUCAAAGGAAGCGAUGGAAAAGAGCUGGACUGCAACUGCGAAAAUCCACAUCCUGAAUGCAUUAAUAUACCACUCGCCGAGGAUGAUAUCCAAUUCACCAUCGAAGGAAAAACUUGCCACUCUCUCGAAAGAAGUCUCCCAACACCGAGCAAAGAUUGCGACGUGUACACUAGACAGCAGCUGAAUCAGAUCUCGAGUUACAUUGAUGGAACGACAGUUUACGGAACUUCGGCGGAGCUAGCUGAGAGCAUCCGAGACCCGGAAUCUGAGGCGGGCGAGUUAAAAGCUGACAAGCCAAAGUCACCAGAACAUGGCGAAUUCGAGCAGCUGCCUAAAUUCGAAAUAUUCGAAGAGAACAGUCCCAAAGGCUUUGCAUGCCCCUUCAAGCUUGCAAAAGGAAAGGAAAAUUGCUUUUUGGCCGGUGAUACCCGAAUUAACGAAAACUUGGGAUUGGCCUCAAUGCAUACGCUCUUCAUGCGAGAGCAUAAUCGAAUCGCGAGAGAACUAAAAGCGUUAAAUCCUCAUUGGACUUCUGACACAGUCUUCAACGAAACAAGACUCAUUAUCGCGGCGAUGCAUCAAAUCAUUACCUACAACGAGUAUCUUCCUGCUAUGCUCGGCAAGAAGUUUACAAAACGUUACAAUCUCGACCUUGCAAGUUCUGGCUACUUCUACGGUUACGAUGCUUCUGUUGACGCUUCUGUUGCGAAUGAAUUUACCACAGCAGCUUUCCGUUUCGGACAUUCGAUGAUUUUCGACCAGCUCUCUCGUCCAUCAAACGAUUGGACUGAUCAACAGUCACCGCUUGAAAUGAAGGCUUUCUUGUUCAAUCCUCUUGAAUACGUCAACCAAAACGGCUCUCAAGUCGAACCUGUCCUUCGUGGUCUCGUCGUCGAUCCCAGUCUUAUGGCUGACACGACCUUCCCAACUUCUAUGAAAGAAUUCCUCUUUGCAGAAGCGGACAAGUACGGAAAAGAUCUCCUCGCCAUCAAUAUCCAACGUGGUCGAGAUCACGGCCUUCGAGGAUAUAACGAUUACCGCGAAUUUUUCGGGCUCCAACGAGCGGCGCAUUUCGACGAGCUUUUGGAAAUCCCUGCGGACAUGCGACACACCUUGUCAGGUCUCUACGACCACGUAGAUGACAUCGACCUGUACGUUGGCGGGCUUGCCGAGACACCUGUUUCCGGUGGCGCCGUUGGACCCACUUUUGCGCAUAUGAUGGCGGCGCAAUUUAGAGACUUGAAGGUCGGAGAUAGAUUCUACUUCGAAAAUGGCGGUUGCGAAACGACGUUCACACCAGAACAACUUACCGAGCUUCGAAAGAUAACGCUAUCUUCUCUCAUGUGCACGUGUACUGACACGGAUUCAAUUCAACGCCUUCCCUUCUUCUUCGCCACCGAAGAAGAUGACUCAAUGAGCUCGCCAAACCGAAACGCGAAUCCGCGAGUUCCUUGCUCCGAAAUUCACUCCCUCGAUUUGAGUGCCUGGAAACAGCCUUACCGCAAUUCAGAUGACAUCAGCGGUGUGCCUGAUUCGGGGGUCUGGACAGCAUGGCUUCCUGCUAGUGGAAACCCGCCAAGUUUGGACCUCGACGUUCUACAUCGCGAGCGACCGACAGGAGUUUGUUUGAACGCCAUCAGCUCGGAGGCUCGCGUUCUCGAGGCUGGCCGCAUCCAAAUGCGAUUCAUGUGUCCUGCUGGAGGAAUCAGCCACAGUGACGUGCCACCUGCUUGUCUAGAUCGAGGUCGAUGGACAAACUGGAUGGACACUUCCAACCCAAUUUCCGGAACUGACUCCGAGCUUAUGAAGGACCUCCGAAAAUUGCGACCGGCAGAGAUUUGUGAAAAUCCGAUCUACAUUCAGGCCCAAACUGUCAACGAUAACACACCGGCUGGCGAGACGGGCGAUGUUUUCGCAACCCUCGACCCCGUUCGUGGUCUUCUUUGUCGUGGCGAAGAUCAACCUAGCGGAAUAUGCUCAGACUACAAAGUGCGAUUCUUCUGCCCGAAUGAAGAGUUUGACCUUGAACUCGAGAUGGACAUCGUCGUCGCUUACGACUCUGAAUCAACCAAAGUCAUUUCCAGCAUCGCUACAUUGAUCGAAGAGCAAGACGAUCCCGAGUUUAGUUUUGACGAUUAUGCUUGGACUGGAUGGUACAAUUCCGAUUCCCCAUCGCUUGAUGACGACCUCCACGGAGACAAUGAGAGUCUCAUGCGAGCACGAGCGACCGCAGACAUUUGCGCGAAUCCUGUUGCAAUUGAAGCUGUGCGAGCCAUUGACGGCGUCGAUGCUCUGAGCACUGGCGAUGUUUUCAAGUUCUUUUCGCCCAAGAAGGGUCUUGUUUGUGAAGACAGUGACCAGACAAUUGGAUACAAAUGCGACGAUUACAAAGUACGCUACUUGUGUCCUCGGGAAUUGAUCUUGGCUGCACCUCUUCCACCUGCAGCUGGUCCAGUAGAAACCUAUCGAUGGGCUCUUUCACAAUCCGAAAAGCUGUGUGAUGAGCAUAAAGUCUGCUGUCACGUUUAA